AUGAGCUCGAGGUACAGACUUCCGGCUUAUCAUGUUGCACUUAGUCCUGAUGGUCAGAAUGUUGUUACAUUUAAUACAGUGACUUCGGAGUUGAAAAUAUGUCAUUUAAAAGAUUUAAAAAAUGUAAAAACGAUAACUUAUCAAGGAUUUAGUACUGUAGAUACUAUGAACCCUCGACUAUGUUGGUCAAUAGCGAUUUCCAAUACAAUUAACGUGGGCACGCAUUCCGAUAUGUUAAUUGGCGUUUCAUGUUUUGAUCGAACUGAUACUCUAACUAAAAAAUUUCCAAAAAGAAGAAUUAGACAUCACAAAACUAGAAGCAUGUCCCUCUUCUUAGAAGAAGGUUACGCGAAUGUGAGAGUAAGUCCAUAUACAUGGAUACUUUCAACAUGGAAUCAAGAUAGGGUAAAAACUUCUGUGGAUGAUAUUGGUGGUGUCAUACGAUUUCUUACUUAUGAAAGUUCAUCUAAUGUUGAUGUGGUAAUAAUUCAUGUGUUUGGAAUUUCAAAAACUACAAUUGAAGGUAAUUAUGUAGAUAAAGAUGAUCAUUAUAAAACAGAUAUUAAACCUGCAGAAAAUUUCUUAUUUCCAAUGAUAAUUGCCAGCGAAAUUGGUUGCGCAGAAGGAGCCAAUCCAAAUUUACAAUUAUUUCAUAGAAGUGUUGAAAAAAAUUAUUUCAUGGCAGAAAAUUACAAAUUUGAUUUAUUAGAGAUGUAUAGUCUGAAAACCGGUGAACUCUACAAAGCUUUUCAUAUUCGUGAGGAAACAACAGAACAGCUGUCAGCUAAUGGGAACGCAAUUUUUGAAAUUUCCAAAAAUGAUGUAUUGUUAGCAUAUUGUAGAGGAACAAACAGUGUUUCAAUAUAUAUGAUGGAAAAUACUUUGGAAAUUGCAUCAAAACCAUUCCCUAGUCUUUAUAGGAUAAACUCAAUUGAUUUUGUUCAUGAUGAUGAAAAAUUACUUUUAAUUGGUGAAGAAGAAAAGAUUAAAGAUGAUGGUUCAACAGAAUUAGUAGUUGUUAUUUUGAUUUGGGAUCUUUUUAGUGAAUCUGAUGAUUCAGUUGAAAUAAUUAGAGAUACUCAAAAUAUAGUUCAUGCAGGUAAAAACCAUUCUACGAAAUUUAUUGAUCAUUAUCAUAGAUUUUCUAGUGCUAGUGGAUUUAUUGUUGGUAUUUGUGAAGAAAAUGGAGAUGUGUUUUCAAUUGUUGAUCAUCCAGAACUUGAAGGUGUUUUUAAUCCUUCAGUAUUGCCCAAACUAGUUACAUUGACACUUCAAAAUAUCCAAGAAGUUUCAACACCAUUAGCUCAAAUUUAUCAUUACAUUUACACACAGGAUGGUAGAUUUUCUGAUGCUAAGCAAGAACCAAAAAAUGUUAUUAUUAUUAGUAAUGCGGAACCUUGGAUUCGUUUCAAACAACAUCCUCGUAUUUCGGUCUACCUUAAUAAUGAUAAGACACUACAAGUAAUUAUGGGUUUGACCACAAUUCAAGUGUGGCGAAGAAAUGAUUAUUCUAAAUACAAACGAAGGCUUGAGUACAUUUGGACUAGUGCUCAUGGUGAAAGAUUCGAGGUUCAAAGAUUACUAAUUGGUAAUGGAGAAUUCUUGGUUGAGUUAUUACUUCCUGAAGUUAAACAAACAUUUGAAAUUCAUUGGCCACAUAAGUGUUCUACGUUGAGGGACGCGUGUAACGCACUUGAAUAUCUUAAUACUCAGCAAGGCGAACCAAUAACACCCAAGAAAAAACAAAUAUAUCGAGAUUUAGUUCGUCAAACAAAAAAUAUAUUAAAAAGAAUCAUAAAGACACGUCCAGAUGUUUGGGGGAUGAUGGAUGCUAGAUAUGAAAUCAUGCAAACAUUGAUUCGUGGACAAUGCGUUUCUUUGAUCAGAACAAUUUUGUUUAAAGAGGAUGAUAAAAGUCCGCAUGGAAUAAGUUCAAGGUUGUCAAAACAUUUACAUUUCCCUAGACUUUACGCAUGGCCUCUGGAACCAAAAGAAAGUGAUUUGCAAAUAGCUAUUAAUUAUUCUGGUGAUCGUCAUAAAGAUAAAAUUAUUGUAGGAUAUCUCUUAAACUAUUAUUCAGAUAACGCUAUGACUAAUGCUGGAUGGAUGUUUACCGUUACCAAAGCAUUACCUGAAUUAUACGAUCAUGACAUGGAAAUCAAAAUUGAUACAUCACUUAUAAGUCGCAGUGAUUUAUUCGAAGGGCGUUUUAAGCCUGUCCACUCCUUAUACAUUAAACCAGGACUUUUGCGCAGACCAGAAACCAAAAUACGUGAUAGAAAAAGUCAAAUGAUUCAAGAUAUUACAAAGUUUUUUUCAUAUGAGAAUGUUAUUGAAGAAGUGGAAGAAUUAGAAGGUGUUCUCAAAGAAAAAAAAACCGGGCUUUUUGAUGUUGAGAAACGCGAUUCCCUCAUGUCUACUACCACAAAUGUGCGAGUUGUUCCGCUUCCUGUGUAUCCACCAGACGUUAUCAAAGAUCAUACCAAAACACCUUUAUUACGGAGAAUUUUAAAAUUAUUAACUUGGCCUCGUGAGUACACGCUCACAGAAGACGCACAUUGUAGCCCAUUUCUUCGUGUUAUCUGUCGUGAUAACAGUGCAGUACUGUUUAAUAAUCCAGCAAUUGCAGCGGUAAUUGAUUAUAAGUAUGUUUUACUAAGAGAUCCAAACCAAAUUAAUCUAGUUCCAAGUGGAUCAUCAUAUUCAAUCUUAAAUGCUUCAGAUACAAAUUCAGAAACCAAUAAUCUAUUUCCCGAAAUAGCCGUUUCUCAAUCAAUUGACGUUAAUAGUGUCACUGACAAUUAUUUUUCUCAUUUUUGGAAAUCUGUUGAAAGUGUAUUCUUUUGGAUUAAUGGAAGAUGGGAUCAACUUGACCAAUGGGAUUUUAUACCUCUUGACAUUUUGGCUAUUCGUAAGAUUUUUAUUCUGAAUGCAUUCGAAGAAGCACAAUCUUCAGGUGAGGAUGCAGUUUUGAGACAUCGAGCCGACUUAAUUGCAGACUUUGAGACCCUUGAUAAACCACUUGGAAUGACACGUGAAGAUCGACGUUACAUAUAUUACAUAGGAAAAUCCAGUUACCGAGAUAAUUGGCUAGAAAAAGCCGAAAAUUAUCAAUCAACCCAUCAUGUCUUUCUUGAUGAAGAAAUUAACGAGGAGGCUAGCGAUGAAGAAGAUAGUGAUGAUGAUUCUCAGAAGGAAAAUGUUAGUGGAAAAAUAGAAACUUCUUUGAAAGUUGAAGCAGAGACUAAAUCCGGUAUUGAUGAUUUACAAGAAAGAGUUCAAGGAAUGGAAGAUAAAAUUGAAGAGGUUUUGAAGUUGCUAAAAAAAAGUGAUUCAUAA